UUACAGGGGGUGCGAACCCUUGUCCCUGAGGAGGCGGUGGCUUAUAUAGAGUUUGCCAGGCCCCUCCCGCCCUCAGUUACACAGGGUUUAAGGUACAUAAAGAUGGGGCGUUUCCAGUAACGCCAAUAAUAAGUGACAUAAAUGACCAUUAAGUCUACGGAGUAAAUGUCCGACCGUUGCUAUGCAGAGUGGCUUUAGAUCUUCUGUCCGUCGAGUGAUUUCUGUUUCGUUCAAGUGACAUUGAAUCUUCCGAGUGGAAUGCUUCUGGUCGAGUGGAUGAUGCUAUCCCUUGAAUCCUUCUGACUUUAGGGUGAUGUCCUAGGGGAGGGUGUAUAGGUCAGGCCUAUGACCCUACCCUAGGUACAUAGCUUCAUCAUUAGCCCCCGAAUGGUUCAGGGUUCGAGUGGCGAAGGAGUGGAAAAUACUUCCGACUCAAUUUUUGCGCUUCGGAAGCGUCUUGCUGGGAUCAACGAACAACACGGUGACUUCAACUUCUUUUUCAGUCACCUUGAUCCAUUCUUAGUUUGUCGAGUGAACUUUUACUGAAAAGCUUCGAGUGUUGAUAUGGAAAAAAAAUCUUUAGUCUGACAGGUUGCUCUGCUGCUCGCGGAUCUUGUGGGAUUCGAAUUUUCCGGAAGCGCGCGAGGCGGAGGAUGCCGCGGUAAUCGGAGAGGAUUAGGCAGGGGCGCCUCGAUCCCCGUGCCACCUUUUUUGCCACGUACUGCGCGCGCGACUAUUGCGGGAUUUGACGGGAUUUCUUGGACCCGCAAGUAAGCCACUCGGGAGAAGACCUUAUAUAAGGCGUUGCGGCUGGGGUUUUCUGCACAGUGCGCCUCAUUCUCCCCCUUUCUCCUCUGUUUCUCCACCGCAUCCACUUCUGCUCUCGGCGCUGCCGGCUCGCUCGAGCUCCGUCCGCUGCAAUGGGGAAGGAGAAGACGGUGGCCUUGGAGCGCGCAAAGAAGGCGACGGCGAAGGCGAAGGGGAAGAAGACCAGCCGGGGCGGAUCUUUGUCGAGAUCCGUCUUGCCGCGCGGCUGGAUCCAGGGCGAUUGGAUUCGGUCGACGAUCCGGCAAGACGACAUCGAUGAUCUGGUCGAGGGGGGACUGAUUCCCCACGGAUCGGGGCGGCUCCCGGAGGACGAGACCGAGCCGCGGCCGUAGGAGGGUGAGUGUGUCCUCCUCGCCACCCAUGUCGACCGCGGUUUUUCGGUGCCUCCCCAUCCUUUGUUCCGAGGCUUUUUGAACUUCUUUGGAGCACAACUUCAUCACUUUUCCCCCAACACCAUCGUGUACCUCGCUGCAUUCAUGUCCAUGUGCGAGAAUUUCCUGGGUUCUCGACCACACUGGGGUCUUUUCAAACACAUUUUCACCUGUCGUUCUCAGUCUGUCAAAAAGGCUAAUCCGAGUGACGAGAGGACACAUGUGAUCCAGAUGUGUGGGGGUCUUGGGAUCCAAAUGAGAGGUAAGAGUACUUUCCCAGCCAUGAUUCUUCCCGAGUCAGUCAGAGGGUGGCAGUCGGCCUGGUUCUACUGCAAAGACUAGCCGACUCCAGGCCAGUCGACUGGGCUUCCCCCCUUUUCUGUGGCUCGAGUCGAGAAACCCUCUGCCUUGAAAGUGACUCCGGCGGAGAAAGAGGAGGUGAAGGUGCUGGUCGAGCGAGUGGUCCAGCUCGUUCGCCAUGGCGUGACUGGCAUGGAUCUGCUAGAAGUCUUCCUCAGACGACACAUUCAGCCGCUUCAAGCUCGUGACCAUCCGAUGUGGAUAUAUUCGGGCAUCGAUGAUACCACUCGGAUCCACCUAGAGGAAGUCGACGAGGAUACGGUGGAGCAGUGGUUGAGGGGCAUCACUGGCAACAAGGAUAACCUCAGGGGGUCCAGGAGGAUCCCUCCACUCGACAACUCGUAUGAACCAGACAAGGCCCUCACUGAGAUGUACUCGAUGCCCAACGGAGAGCAGGAGCAGUAUCCGCAAGGGGAGGCGAGCGGAGGCGAGAGCGGCGAGUGGCACUCUGAUGGGGGAGAAGACGACGAAAGCGACGACUCUGAUGACGGUGAAGAAGUCGACUCACCCCCUCGCACCGAAAGGCGAUCCAAACAAACUCACGACCCGGCAAGUAUCCGUGGUAAAGCGACUGCGCAGACUGGACGGACCUCAAAGCGCCCUCAGAUGCCUUCCCCAGUGCCGACUGAGAAGGCCCCGAAGCAAUCAAAAGCUACGCCGUCAAAACCGCAGAAGGCCUUGCCCAAGAUCAAAGUGGUCAUUCCCAUUGCUUCCGGUGCUGCUACCUCUGGGACUUCAGCUUACAUGAAUGAAGACGAGGAAAUGGAAGAAGCAGUCACCUCUAACUCGGCUCCUCCCAAUGUCAUUGACCUUCCAGACGACGACGAGGAUGUGCCGCUGAGGCCUAUGGGAAGAAGAAACAGGAAGACGUCAACUAGCAAAGCGCCUCAGUCGAGCCGGUGACGGAACCGGUAAUCCAGGAGGCCGGCGAUGCCAAUCGGACUUCUGUGACUUUGGAUGUACCAUUGUCGAGUGCCCAGCCCUCAGCAUCGACCGCGCAGACUCCAGCCGAUCCACCUUCACUCUUUACUGCACAUCACGUCCCAGAGGACCAAGUGGGUGCUGCGAAGGAGGCUAUACGCCAAGCGGGCAUCAUGAUGGAGCAGAUGAAGGUGGUCCGGGAAGCCAGCCAAGCUGCUUACGAUGCCAGCUUAGCUCUCCAAAGCAACGUCCAGGUAGGCUUAUCACCGACUGGUUCUUUUAGCUUGUCGCUUGUUUUGUUAGGAUAUGCUACCUGAAAACUUUCCUUGAGGGAUCUUUUCUAUCAAUCUUCGUUUUGCAUUUGUACACCCACUGGGUGGUUUGA